AUGGCUGACGCAGCGGCACGACAGCUUCAGUACGAGUACAAAGCGAACUCAAAUCUUGUGCUGCAAGCGGACGUUCGUCUGAUCGAACGGCCCAGGCGCGAUGAAGCUACCGGCGAGGUUAUAUCGCUGGUUGGUAAGCUCGAUGGUACCCGGAUGGGGGACCGAGCACAACGCAGCAAACCGGAGAAAACGGAAGAACGGAAAGCAAAGCGGCAGAAGCGUGAUGAGGCGCAGUAUGAUUUCAACAGCAUGAAAGGUGCUACCUUGCUGUCCGAGGGAAUUGAUGAGAUGGUCGGCAUUGUUUACCGCCCGAAAACGCAAGAAACGCGUCAAACGUACGAGGUGCUGUUAAGUUUCAUCCAGGAAGCGAUUGGUGACCAACCCCGCGAUAUUCUGCGCGGCGCGGCAGAUGAAAUAUUGGCCGUGUUGAAGAACGAUCGCAUGAAGGAACGCGAAAAGAAGCGUGAAAUUGAUGGUCUGCUGGGCAGCGUGGCAGACGAACGGUUUGCACUGUUGGUGAACCUUGGUAAAAAAAUCACUGAUUUUGGUUCGGAUGCGGCCACCGCAAUCGGUGGCGCGGGACAGGCUGGUCCCGGCGGUGAUGAACCAAUCGAUGAAACGUACGGCAUAAAUGUGCGCUUCGAGGAAUCAGAGGAAGAGUCGGAUGAAGAUAAGUAUGGUGAGGUGCGCGAAGACGAUGGGCAGGAUGAGGGCGAAGAAGCACGAGACGAUGGGAUUCUGCAUGCGGAAAAUCUUGGCGGUGGUGAGGACAUGAACAAGAAGGAAAAGGCACUCGAUCCACGGGACAUUGAUGCGCACUGGCUGCAGCGGUGUCUACGAAAGUACUAUAAUGAUUCAAUGAUGUCCCAGUCUAAAGCGCUCGAGGUAUUAAAUGUACUCAAAGAAUCCGGAGACGAUCGGGAGUGUGAGAACCAGCUGGUGCUGUUGCUGGGUUACGAUUGCUUCGAUUUUAUUAAGCAGUUGAAGAAAAACCGGCAAAUGAUCCUGUACUGUACGAUGCUGGCACAAUCGCAGAGUGAGAGUGAGCGUGCGAAACUGCGCGAACGAAUGAAGGCGGAUGCAGCACUGGCAAAGAUUCUGCGACAGCUUGAUACUGGUAAGCAGGAGGCGCAAGAGGGCCGGGACUACGCUAACGGUGGAGCAGACGGUUCGGACAUGGAUAGCGGUAAUGUGGGAAGUGGUGCGGAACGCACCGCUGCUGUAGGAGGACAAAUCAUAGGCAAUCGCACUGUACUGGAGUUGGACGAGCUCGCAUUCACGCAGGGAUCACAUCUGAUGGCCAACAAACGUUGCCAGCUACCGGACGGAUCAUUCCGUAAGCAACGUAAGGGGUACGAGGAAGUACACGUUCCAGCCCUGAAGCCUCGCCCGUUCGAUGAAGACGAAGAAUUGAUUGUCAUCGAGAAGCUUCCGAAGUAUGUGCAACCCGUUUUCAACGGUUUCAAAACGCUCAAUCGCAUUCAGAGCCGACUGUACAAAAGUGCGCUAGAAAGCGAUGAAAAUCUGCUCCUUUGUGCGCCUACCGGUGCCGGUAAAACAAACGUUGCACUGCUGACGAUGAUGCGCGAAAUCGGUAAGCACAUCAACGACGACGGAACCAUCAAUGUGGAUGAGUUCAAAAUCAUCUACAUAGCUCCUAUGCGAUCGCUGGUACAAGAAAUGGUCGGUAACUUUGGCCGUCGGCUGGCGACGUACAAUCUCACAGUUUCAGAAUUGACGGGUGAUCAUCAACUCAGUCGGGAGCAAAUUGCUGCGACACAAGUCAUCGUCUGUACGCCUGAAAAGUGGGACAUUAUCACCCGCAAAGGGGGCGAGAAGACGUACACGCAGUUUGUGCGUUUGGUUAUUAUUGAUGAAAUUCAUUUGCUACACGAUGAGCGUGGUCCCGUUCUGGAAGCCCUGGUUGCUCGCACGAUCCGGAACAUUGAAACUACGCAGGAAGAUGUGCGUCUGGUCGGGCUUUCGGCAACCCUACCCAAUUACCAGGAUGUCGCAACGUUCCUGCGCGUUCGUCCCGAAACGGGACUUUUCUACUUCGACAACAGCUACCGACCGGUGGCACUGGAACAGCAGUACAUUGGCGUGACAGAGAAGAAAGCGCUCAAACGAUUCCAGGUGAUGAACGAUAUAGUGUAUGAAAAGGUGAUGGAGCAUGCUGGCCGCAAUCAGGUGCUGGUGUUUGUCCAUUCCCGUAAGGAGACGGGGAAAACGGCACGUGCUGUUCGUGACAUGUGUCUCGAGAAGGAUACUCUUGGGACGUUCCUGCGCGAAGGUUCCGCAAGUAUGGAAGUGUUACGGUCCGAGGCGGAUCAAGUUAAAAACCAGGAACUAAAGGACCUACUUCCGUACGGCUUCGCAAUCCAUCACGCCGGAAUGACACGCGUUGAUCGUACUCUGGUGGAGGAUUUGUUUGCCGAUCGACAUAUCCAGGUGCUCGUAUCGACGGCCACCCUUGCAUGGGGUGUGAAUUUGCCGGCUCACACCGUCAUCAUCAAGGGUACACAGGUAUACAAUCCGGAAAAGGGACGAUGGGUCGAACUGGGAGCGUUGGACGUAUUGCAGAUGCUUGGUCGUGCCGGUCGUCCACAGUACGACACGAAGGGUGAAGGCAUCCUGAUCACAAAUCACAGUGAACUGCAGUUCUAUUUGUCGCUAUUGAACCAACAGCUACCCAUCGAGUCGCAGCUCAUUUCGAAGCUUCCUGAUAUGCUGAAUGCCGAAAUUGUGCUUGGAACGGUGCAAAAUGUCAAAGAUGCCGUCACUUGGCUUGGAUAUACGUACCUCUAUAUUCGUAUGCUGCGUCAGCCAACGUUGUACGGGGUAUCGAUCGAUGCGGUUCAGGAGGAUCCACUGCUCGAGCAGUUCCGUGCGGAUCUUAUACAUACUGCCGCUUUGCACCUCGAACGCAGUGGUUUGAUCAAGUACGAUCGUAAGAGCGGUCACCUCCAAGUUACAGAAGUAGGUCGAAUUGCAUCUCACUACUACUGCACGCACGAAACGAUGCUUACGUACCACCAGCUCCUGAAACCAACGCUCAGUGAGAUUGAGCUGUUCCGGGUUUUCUCACUGUCUGGCGAAUUCCGCAACAUUACUGUGCGCGAAGAGGAAAAGCUCGAACUACAGAAACUCAUGGAACGUGUGCCGAUCCCGAUCAAGGAGAGCAUGGAAGAACCGAGCGCAAAAGUGAAUGUACUGUUGCAAGCUUACAUCUCACAACUGAAGCUGGAAGGAUUUGCUCUGAUGGCCGACAUGGUGUACGUUACACAGUCCGCUUCCCGACUGUUGCGAGCUAUCUUCGAAAUUGUCCUUCACCGUGGUUGGGCCCAACUGGCGGAUAAAUGUCUCACCCUCUGCAAGAUGAUCGAUCGUCGCAUGUGGCAAAGUAUGUCGCCAUUGCGCCAGUUCCGCAAAAUGCCCGAAGAAAUCGUAAAGAAAAUAGAGAAGAAAAAUUUUCCCUGGGAACGGCUGUACGAUCUGGAGGCGAACGAAAUUGGGGAGCUGAUCCGUGUUCCAAAGCUUGGCAAGACGAUCUAUCGCUACAUACACCAGUUCCCGAAGCUGGAACUCUCGACUCACAUCCAACCGAUUACACGCUCAACGCUUCGCGUAGAGCUCACCAUUACACCCGACUUCCAGUGGGACGAAAAGGUGCACGGCCAAUCGGAAGCAUUCUGGAUUCUGGUAGAAGACGUCGACUCGGAGGUGAUUUUGCAUCACGAAUAUUUUCUACUGAAGGCGAAAUAUUGCACCGAUGAUCAUUUAGUGAAAUUCUUCGUGCCGGUCUUCGAACCAUUGCCUCCUCAGUACUUCUUGCGAAUCGUGUCUGACCGUUGGAUAGGUGCCGAAACGCAGCUUCCCGUGUCCUUCCGGCAUUUGAUUCUUCCGGAGAAGAAUCUUCCACCGACGGAGUUGCUUGAUCUGCAACCGCUUCCGAUCAGCGCCCUGCGAGAUCCAUCGUUCGAGACACUUUACGCCGAUCGGUUCCCGCAGUUUAAUCCCAUUCAGACGCAAGUCUUUAAUGCAGUGUACAACAGCGAAGAUAACGUAUUUGUCGGAGCUCCCACGGGAUCGGGAAAAACUACCAUAGCGGAAUUUGCUGUACUGCGACUGCUCUCACAGAAUCCGGCAGGUCGCGUAGUGUAUCUUGUCGCACGUGAUCCCCUCGCAGAUCUCGUGUUCCAUGAGUGGCAUCAACGAUUCGGGCAAUCCGCACUUGGUUGCAAAGUGGUGAAACUAACUGGCGAAACUGGAACAGAUUUGAAGUUAAUCGCCAAGGGUCAGAUCAUCGUAACGACUGCCGACAAGUGGGAUGUGCUUUCGCGCCGCUGGAAACAACGCAAGAACGUCCAGAACGUGCAGUUGUUCAUCGUGGAUGAGUUGCAGCUGAUCGGGGGAGAAGAUGGCCCCGUGCUGGAAGUGGCCUGCUCUCGUAUGCGUUACAUUUCAUCGCAAACCGAACAACCGAUACGCAUCAUCGCUCUAUCGGCAUCGUUGGCCGAUGCGCGUGAUAUCGCGCAAUGGCUUGGUUGUAGCACGAACGCUACAUUCAACUUCCAUCCUUCUGUUCGUCCAAUUCCUUUGGAACUACACGUGCAGGGUCUCAACAUAACGCACAAUGCAUCGCGUGUCGCCGCCAUGUCGAAACCCGUGUACAAUGCGAUCACCAAAUUUAGUCCACACAAACCUGUCAUCGUGUUCGUCACGUCUCGUAAGCUGGCCCGGCUUACGGCGAUCGAUGUGCUGACGUACUGUGCGGCAGAGCUGCAACCGAAUCGUUUCUUCCACGCGGAGGAAGAAGACAUCAAACCAUUCCUGGACCGGAUGGCAGACAAAACGUUGAAGGAAACUCUCUCCCAAGGAGUGGCGUACAUGCACGAAGGACUGACUGCUUCCGAUCAACGCAUUGUAGAGCAAUUGUUCGACUCUGGGGCCGUGCAGAUAGCUAUCUGUACUCGGGAUCUCUGUUGGGCGUUGAACAUAAGCGCACACCUGGUCAUUAUUAUGGACACACAGUUCUAUAAUGGAAGAAACCAUUCGUACGACGACUAUCCCAUCACCGAUGUGUUGCAAAUGAUCGGCCGUGCCAAUAGACCUUUGGAAGACGACGAUGCUAAAGCAGUUCUGAUGUGUCAGAGUUCUAAGAAGGAUUUCUACAAGAAGUUCCUCAACGAACCCCUGCCAGUGGAGAGCCAUCUCGACCACAGAUUGCACGAUCAUUUUAAUGCCGAGAUUGUCACAAAGACGAUCGAAAAUAAGCAGGACGCAGUGGAUUACUUGACGUGGACGUUCCUGUACAGACGUCUAACGCAGAACCCUAACUAUUACAAUCUCCAGGGUGUCACUCACCGUCAUCUGUCGGAUCACUUAUCGGAACUGGUGGAAUCAACACUUUCCGACUUGGAACAGUCGAAGUGUAUCGGUGUCGAGGAUGAAAUGGAUGCACUUCCACUUAACCUGGGCAUGAUUGCGGCAUACUACUACAUCAAUUACACUACGAUAGAACUGUUCAGUCUGUCGCUGAACAGCAAGACAAAGAUUCGAGGUUUGCUAGAAAUCAUUUCAUCCGCGGCAGAAUAUGAGGAUUUAAUCGUGCGUCAUCACGAGGACAACAUUCUGCGAAGUCUUGGAUCCCGGUUGCCCAACAAACUGACCGGUCCAAACGGUACCGCACCGAAGUACAAUGAUCCACACAUCAAGACGAAUUUGCUGCUCCAGGCCCAUCUUUCACGUCUGCAGCUGGGUGCGGAGCUUCAGGGCGACACUGAGCAGAUCCUUGGCAAAGCAAUUCGUCUGGUGCAGGCGUGCGUAGAUGUACUGUCGUCUAAUGGUUGGCUGUCACCCGCCGUCGCCGCUAUGGAGUUGGCACAAAUGGUAACACAGGCAAUGUGGAGCAAAGAUUCAUACCUGAAACAGUUGCCACAUUUUACCGCGGAAAUUAUUAAGCGCUGUCAGGAGAAAGGCAUUGAGACGGUGUUUGACAUUAUGGAGCUGGAUGAUGACGAUCGAACACGUUUGCUCCAGAUGACUGAUCAGCAGAUGUCGGAUGUAGCACGCUUCUGUAACCGAUAUCCAAAUAUCGAGCUUACGUUCGCAGUUCUCGACAAGGAUCGCAUACAUUCGGGAUCUUCCGUUGAUGUGGAGGUUACUUUGGAGCGCGAGGACGAUGUAACAGGCCCAGUAAUAGCACCCUUCUUCCCACAGAAACGCGAAGAGGGUUGGUGGGUUGUAAUCGGUGAUCCGAAAACAAACUCACUGCUGUCCAUCAAACGACUUACGCUGCAGCAGAAGGCGAAGGUGAAGUUGAACUUUGUCGCUCCGAGCCCAGGCCACCACGAGUACACGUUGUACUACAUGAGCGAUUCGUAUCUGGGUUGCGAUCAGGAGUAUAAAUUUUCCAUCAACGUUGGCGAUUUCCAGUCGGAGAGCGAAAGCGAAUCGGAUUAA